AUGUCGCAAUUACGUAAAUUUCAGCUUUGAGUUUGAGGUUGUAAUUGUCAAUUGCUCGUCUAAUUGCUGCUGAUUAGAUUUCUCGUUGUACUGCUGUUCUCUCAGUUCAAAGCUUAGUGGGUUCUUAGUCGAACUCAAUGCGCUGUUGUAACAGAUAGUACCUUCUGAAAACUGUCAGUGUUUGUUCCAUUUUGUCCAUCAGUUACAGUGGGGCUCCGCCUUAUAAUGCAGUUUUUAAGUAUUUUUGCGGUGUUUUUCGUGCUGAACCAGGCAUGGGCUGACAAUGUUGUGAUUGAAACCGAGUACAAGUCCUCAUCUCACAGUGCAGUUCUUUUCUCCCGAAAAAAGACCUUUGCUUUAAACUGCAACGUUACUGUUGAUGGCUCGCCUUCAACAAACGCCAUCGUGGAAUGGAGAAAAAAUGGCGUUUUGCUCAGCGAACUAUCCAACUUAAAGGGGCGCUACAAAGCGUCCCAGAGCGGCUCUCAAUUCACCCUCACUGUUGAUUCUGCCGACUAUCACGAUACCGGCAAUUGGUCAUGCGGAGCGUUGAUAGACGGCCAACUGAAGUCCACCGCUCAGAUUCAAGUAGCCUCUACCAUUGACGUGAAGAUCAAGACCGACAGUAUCAAUGUGAUUGAGGAGGAGAAACUGCGCAUCGAAUGCAGCGUGCUGGGAAAUCCUCCUCCAGUCCUCACCUGGAGCAUCAACAGCACGAAUUACAAUGGCUCGUAUGACGAUCGCGUUCAGAUCCAGGACUACAAAGACGAGGCGGGCAACACCAUUGAGAGUGGCGUGCUGUUCAUCGAAAAAGCCAACAAGAAUGACCGCGGAUUGUACUUCUGCACGGGCACCAAUCGGUUCUAUGAGGGCGAUUUUGUCAUCACCCACAGCGUGAUCCGAGUCAAAGACAAGUUUGCUGCUUUGUGGCCGUUCUUGGGCAUUUGCGCCGAAGUGAUCAUUCUUUGCGCCAUCAUCAUCAUCUACGAGAAGAAGCGCAACAAGACCGAACUGGAGGAGAGCGACACUGACCAAAGCCCCGAUCAAAAAAACACCCCUGACCACGGCAAAGACGCCAGCCUGCGACAUAGACAAUAAAAGGGACUUAUGUUCAAACAUGUUUUAUCAGCAACCACAACAUUCAUUUCAACUAAAUAGCCAAAAGAAGGAAAGUUCUAUCACUAAGCGAAUAGUUUGAUUUUAACACGUUUGGGAGCUUUAAAGUAACUUAUAAAGUAGCAUAGGAGUUCGAAUUAGAUUUAGGUACGUUGGGCCUUGUGGUAGCGUAAUUUUUGACAAAAAUCGCCUUUAUUAGUGGUACUUAAAUAGUGUUUCCCCAUGCAAAGGACCAUUUGUUGAUGGUGUAUAUAGGCACACAUGUCCAAGUCUCUUACUGGAUUUGUGAAUUUGUUUUUUCUUUGUUAUUAUUUAGGAAGAUGUUUUGUUUGAAUAUUUUUUAUUAACGUUCUUUGCCUCUCCACGAUUGUAAAUAAACAUUUUGCCUUAUUAAAUGUAGAACUCGAUGUCAGGAUUAAACGUGUAUCCGUUAUGUAAAGAAACUAUGCAAAUACACCUGUAUUGUUGGUAUGUUAAAAAUUAGAUAAAUAUAUAUUAAGAAUAGAAUAUUUAUUCGUAUUCAUUAUUAUUACUAUUAUUAGUGUUCUGGUCUUAAUUGAAUUAAAGUAAUAAACGAA